UUCAUAAAAAAAUCGAAAAAAUGAAGUUUUUGAUUGUUUGUAUUUUUGCUGUGGUGACAAGCAGCAUGGCUGCAAGUGUUGAUCGAAAUAAGCGAGGCGUUUAUGGAGAGUCUGAUUCACUUAGCUCAGGAUACGAACAACCGCAACAACAAGGAUAUAAUUAUGAACAACCUCAACAACAAGCGUAUAGUGUUCAUGAGCAGCCACAACAAGCGUACAAUGUUCAUGAUCAGCCACAACAAGUUUAUAGUGUUCAUGAGCAGCCACAACAAGUUUACAAUGUUCAUGAGCAGCCACAACAAGCGUAUAGUGUUCACGAACAACCACAACAGCAUAACGAACAUGUUCAUGUUCAAACUGUGCCGGCGCCAUAUCCAGUUUAUAAAGAAAUUGUCAAACAUAUUGAUCGCCCAUAUCCAGUACCUCACCCAUAUCCCGUCAUCAAAGAAGUUCCAAUUGAAAAAGUUGUAGAAAAAUUGGUGCAUGUGCCACAACCCUAUCCAGUUCCUUACCCAGUCGAAAAAUUAGUUGUCCAACACAUUGAUCGCCCAUAUCCGGUGGAGAAAAUUGUUCCACAACCAUACCCAGUCGAAAAAUUAGUUGUUAAACACAUUGAUCGGCCUUAUCCAGUGGAGAAAAUUGUUCCACAACCAUAUCCCGUGGAAAAAUUAAUUGUUAAACACAUUGACCGGCCUGUACCACAGCCGUAUCCAGUUGUUAAAGAAAUCGUGAAAAUUGUUCCCGUUGUGAAACACGUGCCAGUACAAGUUCAUAAACAACCAAAACACUAUACUGUUAUUUUAAAAAAUCAACAGCCACAUGGAUGGGCUGCACCAUCAUCACACGGCUACUAACACAUUUUUGAUUCUUUUAUUGUUAUCUUUAUGAAUUGUUAAAUAUCAAAAUGUCAUGAAUAAACACGUGCAGAUAAAUUA